AUGAGUAAAUUCUUUGUGUCACCACAUCCCACUUCUGUUUUAGUUGCUGUGAAAAUGCUGAAGGAAAUACUUGUGAUGUUUUGCAUCCCAUUCAUUGUUACUGGGACUGAAGAAGGAGCUUGUGAAUGUGCAGCCUUUCUGUCAAAGGAUUCUGUGGAAGAAACACCACUUACAGUUCAUUCGACAAGAUUUAAAGCGAGCUGUGAUGCUACAGGAUCAUUAACUUGCAAAAACCUUUGUUUAUUUCUUACCUUGCAAGCAGGAAAUACUACAUCUACUGUCCUGUGCCAGUCUUUGAAGAGUGAUCCCAUUAGGGCAACCCUUGAAAGUGUGAAGCUACAGAAACCUGAUCUGAAAAACUAUUAA